AUGGCUCCGUACAACUUUGAGGGAGAUUUUGGUAACCUGAGCGAAAGCCAAAUAGAGUUCAUAAACAAAGUGAUAGAAGAACAAGAUUUAAAAGUAAAUAAAGUGGUAUUUAAACCAGUAGGACAAGCUGGAGACAAUUUCGUGGCAAAUGUGAUGAGGAUCAGCAUAGAAGGAGAAAAUGGAAGCAUGAAGAUGGUGAUAAAAAUUGCACCUGGAGAUGAAAAGAUUCGCACCACUGUUAAAGCUGAUCUUUUAUUUCAUAAUGAGCAUGUCAUGUACACGGAAGUUCUACCAAAGCUUGUGGCACUGCAGAAAGCAGCAGGUGUACCAGAAGAAGAGCAUCUAAGAUACGCUAAAUGUUACGGAUCUCUGAACGAAGCACCUUAUGAAAUUAUACUCCUGGAAGACUUAAAUGAAUCAGAUUUUAAAAUGUUGAACAAGUUUGAUUCUCUUUCAGAUGAGUGUGUUAGAAGCAUAUUGAAGAACUUUGCAAUACUGCAUUCUGUGUCUUAUGCAUUGAAAGAAAAACAACCAGAAACAUUUGAGUCCUUUAAAAGUAAACUAAUAGAUGUUUGGAGCGUAAAUUUUUCGACAAAGGAAGCUAGAGAUUAUUUCCAACUACUUGAGAAUUCAAUAUUGGCUAAUCUUGAUGAAGAGGAACAUAAAUCAAAAUUCAAAAGUAAUUUUAUGGAAAUACUGAAAUUGCCAAUCCAGUUAGCACAGGAUAGAGAUUGUAAAUAUUCUAUAGUGCAACAAGGCGAUGCUUGGACCAACAAUAUUAUGUUUAAGUUUUCGGAGGACAAAUUAGAGCAGUCGGUAAUGAUUGACUACCAAGGAUCUAAAAUUAGCAAUCCAGUGGGUGACAUCCUCUACAUGAUCUUCAACUGCACCGACCACGAGACCAGGUCUAUUUACUACUACGACUGGAUAGACUAUUACCACACCGAACUAGACAGAUGUUUAUCCUAUUAUGACCUGAAAAUAAACUACAUCUACCCAAGAGAUCGUCUAGAUGCAGAUUUGAGAAGAUAUGGCAAAAUCUCUUUUGGACUAUCUUCAAUGUUAACCUACGUUUUGAUGAGGGAUACGAAAGAAGCUGGAGAAAUGCUAGAAUCAUUUAAGAGUGGUGAUCCAAAUGAUGAAGGUGACUUGCGUGAAUCAGUGAUGGUUGACUAUCAAGCUUCAUCGAGCCAUAAUCCAAUGACCGAUAUUCUCUUUAUGAUCUACAUCUGCACCGACCACGAGGCCAGGUCUCAGAACUUGCACGACUGGUUGGACUAUUACCACUCAGAAUUAGAUAAAUCUUUGUCCCAUUUUGGCCUCAAGGCCAACGAUAUAUACUUAAGAGAUCAGUUAGAUGCUGAUUUAAAAAGAUACGUUCUUUUCAAUAAUGUUUUAAUGAGAGAUGCGAGUGAAGUAGCUGCAAUGAUGGAAGCCCUCAAGAUUGGUGGCUUUGAUGGAGUAAUGGAGAACAUGGACAAGCAUGCAAUGUCAAAAGAAACCUUUGACCGAAGUAAAAAAAGACUCUUAGAUCUAAUUGAAACCUAUACUCAAUAUGAUUUGUUGUAA